GUGUUUACAGUCUGAUCUCCGCGCAUGCGCUCUGGCAUGUAAAUAACAGCAACCGCGGUGUUUGUUUGGUGUCCCACAGGCUCAUCAAAUUAACGAAUAACCGGUUUAUAUUUACAGAGAACGUUAUUAUAUCUGCUACGUUCAUAAAAUGUAGCAUGACACAGCAGGCUGUUGAUCAGAGUAACACAGCUGAUCCUGGAGCGAAUGCUGCUCAAUAAAACACUCAAACAUUCAAGACCAUUAUCAUCUGCUGUGGGAUCCGCAGACAUGCUUACAGAAAACAGGAAACGUCAGCGCGCUGAGGGUGAUGACGAAGUUGCUCAGAUGCCUCAGGCCAAACGACUGAGUUCAGCCCUCCAGAGCUCUGAGACGGGUAGAGAAUCAUGGGAGUCUGAGUCUUCCAGUAGCGAGAGCAGUUGGAUCAGCAGUCCGGAUCACGCCGCAGGGAGCAGCAGCAGUAGCCAUUACGGAGUGGACGUUAUCGGGCCCCACGGCGGCCCCGGCCCCUGCAGUCCCCACAGUGCCUCUAAGCAGUCGGACCCCUUGGACCUGCUGUCCUACCAGCACAUCAACCGUGUCCUGAGGGAAGCCCAUUUCCACAGCUUACAGAGCCGAGCUCAGUCCAAGCACAGGUGACUUUCAGGGACCCCGUAGCGUCCCCUAGAAGACAGGGUAAAACUUCUUCAUCUCCAUCCUCAUUCAAACCUGCUCCUACUUUCUAGAUAUCUCUGCUAGAGUUAAUGUUAUGUUGGUAUUUUAUUGGAUGGAAAACAUGCCCUGGUACUGUAAGCUCUUUUGACUAACUAGAGCACAAAAGUGUUCAUUGUAAGCAAUAACGGCUUGACUAUGAUGCAAACUUUUGUGACUUUCACACUGUGUACUUUUUUCUUCUGAAAACAGCUGUAUUGAGAAUUAAGAUGCAGUUUAGUGGGGAUUUAUGUUGAUCAGAUAUUGAUGUGGACCAUAUAGCAAUUCAGCUGAGCACAUUUAGAUGGGAGGCAUAAACAUGCCAAAAUAUUCCAAUGCACCUCUGAUUAGUGAACUCCAUUGCAGUGCUGUAACUAAUGCAUAAGGAAGCCAGUCGAUUUAAUAUCAAAGACUGCGCUGAUGGGUAGAUCUGGGGAAUUUCUUUAUAAUCUUGAAACAGUGGCUCAGAGGUUCUGCCGGAUCUCUUGCCUCCCAACCAUCACUGAAGCUGGUUGCUCAUCCAGGCAUCAGGCCUUCGAGACCCUGCGGAGGUUUUCUUGUGUGCUGUUCGAAUACUGCAUUUUAAAGAUUGUUGUUUAUUUUACUAUACCUUUUUGUAUUGAAAGAUGUACAUUGCAUUUUACAUUCAGAUCAUCUACAUUUCUAAAUAAAGAUGGAUGUUCUUAAGCAAACUUGUGUGAUUUUUGUGUGUGUAAAAUCCUGUGAAAUUCUGUGGUUCUAUGGCCGUGUUUUCAAAAGAAAAAAGUCUUUAAUUACCAAAUUCUCAAUUAAAUGCUACACUACCAGUACUCAUGAACUGAGAUAUACCAUUUAGAGAAGUCACUGUCUCAUUCUUCAGGAACGAGUCCUAAAACCUAAAAAGUUUAGUUAGCGUUUUUGCACUUACAGUUUCAUCAUCCUGAAGUCAAUUGUUUUUUUGAAUGGGUUUCUGCUUUAAUGCCUGAAAUAAGGUCUGUGGUUAACACAAGUUCAGGAUAUUUUCAAGUGGUAUUCUACAAUAUAAAAUACAUCAGGAUUAGCCUUGUGAUAUUUUUUUUUCUUGUCCUGAAAAGGACAGUUGUUAGUUCAUUUUAGCUCAAACCUUACAGCGUGCAUAGAUUAACUUUAGCUUUUUAAAGUUCCAGCAUCUGAACCCAUAGUGAAUCUGUACAAGCAAAUAAAAUAGAAUUAAUGCAUCUAUAUAACAAACCUUAUUAUUUUGAACAUAGAAAUGAUCAGGUCAUAUAUACAAGAUGUCGAAUUGGUCAUUUAACACUCAUUCAUUCAUAUUCAUUGAAAGGGGAAGAGAAGCCAGUUUGUAUAUCUAUAUAUGAUAUUCAAAUCAUAAUGCUUUUGGAGAUGUAUUGUAUUGUCAGAUUUCAAAAGUUUAGAUUAUCUUUAACAAAAUGUUUAAGAAACAUAAACCAGAGCUUAUUUUCGGGCAUUUAAUCCAAAAGGCAAUGGAAAUAUCCUAUUGGCUUCUUGUCGAGGUAAACCCACAUGAUGCUAACUUCUGGAUUAGCCUACAAAAUGUGUUAUCACUGGAGUGCUCUAUUUCGCUCAACUAGCUUAAGCAUUGAGAAUUACUUAACUGAGUCUCCUAUACUCAUCUUAAAUAUUGCUUAUUAUACUACAAUCCCGGAAUAUAUGGUUUUAUAAUCUCUGUCUUAUAGUUUUGCAUUGUACUGUCAUUUCUGAUUUGAUUGCCACUUGCAAUGCUUCAUGGAAUUUUCUUAUGAAAAAAAACAAAAAAAAACUCAAGUACAGAGUCUAUUUUUUUUUUUUUAUGUAUGAAAUCAUUGGAAAAGUAGGCAGUCACUGUUGCGCCCUGUUAUGCAUGGCUGCUCUGCUACAUUCUCCUACUAUAUAUUCCUGCAUUAGCACAUGCAUGUAAUAAAUGGCAGAGGCAAGGGGAAAAAAAAAUCGUCCUUUUUCUGGAUAUGUCGUGAAUUACAACUCAGUGCCAGACCAGGCAUUAAUGAGAGAUGACCUGUGCUUCAAGGAGUUGUGGGAAAAGGUCACUUUAAUUAGAGCACUACGUGUCCUUGUCUUGUCACAUUGCGCUGCAUAACAGAUUACAUAUAUUAAUUUGCCUCUGGUAAGCACGGCUCCCCGUCUCUGCGUCCUCAUUAGAGCUCCUGCAGAAAGCACAGGCCUUCCUUCACUGCACGAGCAUGAUAGAUGUCUCCAAAAUGACCCUGGAUCAGUUUAUCAGUCCUCUGUAGAAUAAGAAACAGCCUUGAUUUAGAAUAUAUUCUCCUGUACUUGAUAUUCAAUACUGACUAGACUUCUGCCAAAAACUGAAGUAUUGUUGCCUGUAAAAAAACGUACAGCCUCAAAGCCAGAGUUCAGCUCCAGUAGGUUGUUGCUGCAGUGUUCUAAACAUUUAUGUUAUAUGUUUGC